AUCUAAUCAACAGUUGAUGAGAUACCGAAUACUUGCGCGGUAUGAUUGCGCGCAGAAAAGCAGCGCCAGUCCUUCAGUAUAGUGAUCACAUUUCGCUGAUUCACUCGUGUUUCGAUAUUUCCUUGGGAGAAGUGAUACGGAAUAUAUUAUAAAUUUAACCUUCCCGCUGAGAUGGUCAACCUUGCCAUACGUCCGGUUCCGGAGCCGCUCUGCAAGAAGGCUCGUGCUGAACUCAACGAACAACCCGAACGCAUUCAGGAAGACAUCGCACUUCUGCGACAAUGGAUUGCGAAGAGUCCCCACCUGCGAUCGCGCAUCGACGAUCAGUUUUUGGUGGCGUUCUUGAGGGGUUGCAAGUACAGUCUGGAGCGGGCCAAGGAAAAGUUGGAUAUGUUUUACACGGUGAGGACCAUGUCCCCGGAACUGAUUCGAACUCGGGAUCCGCUGGAUCCCAAAACUCGCGAGAUUAUUAGGAUGGGAGUUGGAGUUCCGUUGCCCUUGACGGAUGGUCCUGAUGCGCCACGAGUGCUGUUGAUCCGUCCGGCAGCUUACGAUCCCCCGAGGACCACCAUCGAGGAAGUUAUUCGAGUUAGCACUAUGGCGAACGACAUUAUGAUGCUCGAGGAUGACAACUUUGUGAUAGCCGGACAGGUUGGCAUUCUGGAUUUGUCGAACGUGACCGUGAACCACUUUCUCCAGUUUACACCUUCGUUCGUGAAGAAGAUGACGAUGAUGAGCCAAGAGGCUUCUCCGUUGAGACAGAAGGGCUUUCAUUACAUCAAUACUCCCAGCGGCUUUGAGGUGGUGUUCAACAUGUUUAAGAACUUAAUGAGCGAAAAGAACAAGUCCAGGCUUUACGUCCACGGCCACGACAUGGAGUCCCUGUACAAACACGUACCUCGACGGCUUCUUCCGAUGGAGUACGGUGGCGAAGCCGGUCCGAUCCAGAACAUUAUUGACAAGUGGGAGCAGAAGAUCAUCGCCUACAGGGACUACUUCCUCGAAGAGGACCAGUACGGUACCGACGAGAAGAAGCGACCGGGUCGACCCAAGAACGCUCAGACGCUGUUUGGUGUUGAGGGAUCGUUUCGGAAGCUCGAAGUGGACUAAAACCCUGUUGUCAUGACAGCACGUGUGACUUUAUUUGCUAUACUCUUAAGCUUAUCUAAAUAAACAACGUCGAAGGUGGUUUAA